CUUCACGCUAGCUACUCGCCUCGCGACCGCGCCUCGUGCUGCCAUCUAGUGGGCCGCCACUCCGCCAGCGGUGACCUUGCCUGCCUACCGCGCCGUUCAUUGGCCACAGACGCCACGAUCGUUCCUCUCUAUCCAUUUCUCUCGCUCCCAAAACUAUGGCAUUCGGGCACAAAAUACACCAGCGAUGACAAUACGCGUAUCCACCAAAACAGGUGGCGAUGACAUCGCCUGUGACCUGUCAAAAUGACGUGACGUUAACAGACAGUCGUGUUUAUAACCUCUCUGUGCAACUAAUCUAUAUUCUAGUGUAAACAUGUUGUUUGACAAAUUGUGGAUGGCGUUUCAAGAUGAGUUAGGGCGUUGUCGUGGCACGUGGGCCUGACUCCGCGGCGGCCGACCCGCGACGCGCGCGUAUCUCCACUACUCCGCCCGUCCGCGCUCGCGUCGCACGUCUCACUUCCCGUGUUUCCCGUGCUCAGUGCUCCCACACCGUCCACUAGUGUCAGUGAAAAACUAAACUAACCUCACCCCCCCUCAGUGAAAACCUCAGUGGUGUUCCUGUGAAGUGCUCGGUAGCCGAGUGAAUGCGCGUCUGUUUCGAUACCCUCUGCUUUGGAUCGUCACAGCGAGUAGCUGCUGACGAUGAGCCGAGGGUUGUAGUGCAUACUGGUGGAGGAGCUCUUACUGUGGCUCCCACAGUCAACGGCGAUAGGCGCGCGUUAAACGAGACUUAUAGAGACAUCGAAAACGGAAUAAUGGGGACUCCUAGUAUGAAUUCCGAUUCAGAGAAUUGUGUCGCGGACGCGACUGUGACAAACGAUAUGCAGCCUCUAGUUGAGAGGAUUAGAGAGCUGGAAGCGCUGUUGAAGCAGCGCGACCAGGAGAUGCUGGAAUUGCGCUCGCAGCUGGAUAAGCUGCAGAGCGUGUUUCCAUACCAGCAGUACGCUCGCGGCUCGCGCGGGCCCCGCAAGCAGAGGGCCCAGGGUAUCUCCGCCGAGCCGCAGACCAGCUCCUCGCUCCAGGACCUGGCGCACCAGACCUUCCCAACCUACGACAAGAACGAAUCAUCUCGGGAACUCAUUAAGAGUGCGAUACUAGACAACGACUUCAUGAAGAAUCUUGAGAUGACGCAGAUCCGCGAGAUCGUGGACUGCAUGUAUCCUGUGGAAUAUGCCGCGGGUAGCCUCAUCAUCAAGGAGGGUGAUGUCGGCAGUAUCGUGUAUGUUAUGGAAGAGGGCCGUGUCGAGGUGUCCCGUGAGAACAAGUACCUCAGCACAAUGGCGCCUGGAAAGGUGUUCGGCGAACUGGCCAUCCUGUACAAUUGCAAGCGGACGGCCACCAUCAAGGCCGCCACCGACUGCCGACUCUGGGCCAUCGAGCGUCAGUGCUUCCAGACUAUUAUGAUGAGGACUGGACUCAUCCGACAGGCUGAAUACACGGACUUCCUCAAGAGUGUUCCGAUCUUCAAGAACUUUCCCGAGGACACGCUUAUUAAGAUCUCGGACGUGCUAGAAGAGACGCAUUACCAGAAUGGAGAUUACAUCGUCAGGCAAGGCGCCCGAGGUGACACGUUCUUCAUCAUCUCCAAAGGACAGGUCAAAGUAACUCAGAAGCUACCUAAUAACGACGAGAAAUUCAUCAGAAGCCUCACUAAGGGAGACUUCUUCGGUGAAAAGGCAUUACAAGGUGACGAUCUCCGAACAGCGAACAUCAUCGCCGACGCCCCCGAAGGCACCACUUGUCUCGUCAUCGACAGGGAGACCUUCAACCAGCUCAUCUCUACCCUUGACGAGAUCCGCACCAAGUACAAGGAUGAAGGCGAGAGCAGAGCUAGACUUAACGAAGAAUUCGCAAACUUGCGCCUCUCAGACCUUCGCAUCAUCGCGACCCUCGGCAUCGGUGGCUUCGGGCGCGUAGAACUGGUCCAGAUCCAAGGCGACCCGAGCAGGUCCUUUGCGUUGAAACAGAUGAAGAAGGCCCAGAUCGUUGAAACGAGACAGCAACAGCAUAUAAUGUCUGAGAAGGAGAUAAUGUCAGAGAUGAACUGCGAGUUUAUAGUGAAGCUGUAUAAGACAUUUAAAGAUCGGAAGUACCUAUAUAUGCUGAUGGAGACAUGUCUUGGUGGAGAGUUGUGGACGAUACUUAGAGACAAAGGUCAAUUCGACGAUGCUACCACAAGGUUCUAUACAGCUUGUGUAGUUGAGGCGUUCCACUAUCUCCACUCUAGAAAUAUCAUAUAUAGGGAUCUUAAACCCGAAAAUCUCCUUCUGGACUCUAAGGGCUACGUAAAACUGGUGGACUUCGGUUUCUCCAAGAAGCUUCAGGCCAGUCGCAAGACGUGGACCUUCUGCGGAACCCCAGAGUAUGUGGCGCCUGAGGUCAUCAUGAACAGGGGUCAUGAUAUCAGCGCUGAUUACUGGUCCUUAGGUGUCCUCAUGUUCGAGCUCCUCACAGGUUCGCCGCCUUUCACUGGCGCCGAUCCUAUGAAGACUUACAACAAGAUACUUAAGGGUAUCGACGCCGUGGAGUUCCCGCGAUGCAUAACGAGGAACGCGGCCAAUCUCAUCAAGAAACUGUGCAGAGAUAAUCCGGCCGAGCGACUUGGGUACCAGCGAGGAGGCAUCACGGAGAUUCAGAAACACAAAUGGUUCGACGGCUUCAACUGGGAGGGCCUAGCGCAACGCACUCUCGAACCGCCCAUAAUGCCCGUCGUCAAGAACCCGGUGGACACGCACAACUUCGACCAAUACCCUCCCGACGCUGAUGAACCACCACCGGACGACCUGUCAGGAUGGGACGCCACGUUCUAAAGGAGGAGAUGACGCUUUUUGGUAAACUACUUUCUAACCGCGAAAUGGCUGACACGGAAACAAAUGACUGUCGGAGAAAUAAGAACCCGAUGCCUAUUGAUAAGAUGAGAAGCAGGGCUUAUGACCGGUAGUUUUAAGGUUUGUUAUUUAAUUUAAAAAGGGGAAAUUAGAUUGUUUUAAAGAAAUUUGUCAAAAAAAAUACGAGUCAAUUCUUCAUAAUAAGCAUAAAUCAAACUAUUGCGUUGUUUCUUAACGUUAUCGAAUAUCAAACAUUAACAGCUAGCGGCAACGGUUUAAACUAAUUUUACUCCGUAUGAUUUAAAGUCGAAAGACCAAAAAAAUGUGCAGUGCCAUCUUAAAGAAUUAUAGCCAUUUUGAGAUAGAAAAUUUGUUUAUGAAAAAGACAUGGAUGAAAUGACUUUAAGAGUCAUCAAGACUCGAUCAUAGAGAACGCGACUGGCAACGCUGGCCACGAGAGGUCGCUUUUAGCGUCACUGCGGGUAAAUGCGACUUAGAUUCGGAGUUGGAAAACAUCCUAAGUAUAUUUAUUACGAAUUUGUAGUCUCAAAGCUUGCCAAGUUUCAAAAUGUCAGAACAAUCGUACAUUGCGACGUUAAUGUUAUAUUGCCAUUAACUAUAGUUAAGUGAUUAAUUAUAUUUUAACAGGGUGACCGGAAUGCCAAAAUAUCUUGUUACCAUAUUUCCAAUAAAAACGAUACAGUCAUGUGAAUGUACAUCAGUUUGGUGAAACUUUUUAAUUACGUUUUUUCCCUUUUAUUUUUACGGACCUUUAAUUUUUACCAUAGUCACCAUAAUAUAAUAGCUAAGUAUGUAUAGAAUAUCCCUUUUUAACUACUGGUGUUGAUGACGUUCGAUGGGUAUUUUAUUUUAUUUUAUCUAAAAGCCGACUAUUUUUGUAUAUAACCUAACGUGUUAAGGCUAUUAUUCUUACACAAUGCAAUCGUUUAUUCAAUUAUCAUUUAUGAAACAUAUGCUUUUAAAAUAACAGUGAAUGUUUAAAACAUUUCAUUAUUCCGAGCGUAAUAUUUGAAAGAGUGUAUGUUAUUUUGUUAUAUAUUAUAUUUCAGCAUGGUGCUCAAAUGGUGUAUAAAAGAGUUUGCUAUUUGUAUAAUUCCUAACAUACAUAACCACAUUAGGUAUGUAUUAAAUAUUAGUUUAUUAGGAGUAAAAGUAAUUUAUGAAUUAUAUUUUAAUAUCCAAAAGUCCACUAAUCUUUUGUUUAGUAUUUUGAUGAGUAUCUACUAAGGUUAAUUUCCUAAUAUUUGACAUCAAUUGCCAACAAAAACUAUUGGGUUAGUGACAAGUAUUGGGACACUUAUGUUACGAGUACUAUUGUUUAGUCUGUCAUGUACUAGACGUGGGUUGCUUUCUCUACUGGUAGCUAUCUCAUAAACAUGACAUAUUUUAAGAUUAUUAAGACUAUAAUAUAAAUGAGAAUAAUUAAAAUAGUCAAUCUAAUCCUAAGUCUUCCAUUUACCACGUCAUUGUAAAUAUCUUAUUAGUAAAAUCGAUUAUAAAUAACAUUUAUAAAUAAAUUGUGUAUGAAUUUGUAAUUAAAAAUUGUUUUUGAGACGUGAAUUUAUGAUGUUGUAAUUAUGAAAUAUAUUUUUUAAU